AUCGUAAAUCAAACAACUCAUCAAUGGCGUUUAAAAUUUUUACCAUAUUUAUGGUCUUGUUUUUAAUACAGACCGCUUUCGGUAAAUCCAUAGACUCUUCGAAAUCCAUUGAAUCUGUCGAAGAAAAUGAGGAUAUAACGCCCAAACAAUUUCUUUUUAUCUUUGCCGCUGGCAGUUUCCUGCAAUUAAUCCAACAGUUUGGCGAAAAAGCAGUCGAAUCCAGCCGUCAAUUAUUAAAAGACGAUUCUUUACUGGCCAAUGACCAACCCGAAGUUGUAGAGUUUAAACAAAAUUUAACCAUGUUUGUGGAAAACUAUGACACCAACAAAGAAACCGAGCAAGUUUGGGAAAUAAUGACAAUUUAUGGCGACACGGUCGAUUACUAUUUAGAACUUCCCGAUGAAGAAUUAACACCGGAAUCAACAUUUAUCUUGGAUUUAUUAAACAAAUAUAAGCAUAAGGAACUAGAAACGGAGUUUAUUAAAGAAUUUGAUCAACUUGUGGAGAAUUUCAAGCAAAUGUUUGAGGAGUCAAAAUCAGAUUUGGGAGAGCCCGAGUUGCAGUGGUAUGAGAAGUUUCAAACUUUAACAGAUUUUGAGAAACGACUUGAUGCUUUUGGUGAUUUUCUAGAAUUGCCUUAAGUUUGUAAAUUGUAAUUAGAUAUAAGUGGAUAAAUUAAAAUAGAAUUAAAGAAAAUGAUUUAUGGAAUGAAGUGUGUGAGUGAGAUUGUUAUUAGGAAUAAGUACAAAGGUAUAUUCAA